CCACCACCACCGCCGCCUCCUCCCUCCUCCACCACUUCGAUCGCUCCGCCGUCGACCCCACCUCCAAAUCCCACCGCAUCGGCCUCUAAUCCACCCACCAAAAUCCCCAAAUCACGGCUUCCAUUUCUCGAUUACUGAUGGAGGUCGAAGUGAAGCUCCGAUUGCCCAACAAAUCCGCCCACCAGAAGCUCCUCGCAUCCCUCUCCCCGUUCCACGCCGCCACCCACCACCAGCACAACACCUUCUACGACGGAUCCGCCGCCGAGCUGAGCUCCCGGAGAGCCGUCCUCCGCCUCCGCUUCCACGAGGAGCCCGACCGCCCCAAAUGCUUCGUCACGCUCAAGGCCAACGCCGUGCUCGCCAACGGCGUCAGCCGCGUGGAGGAGGACGAGGAGGAGGUGGACUACUCGGUCGGGAAGGCGUGCUCGGAGAAUCCCCAGAAGCUGAAGGAUGCCGAUUCUAGGGUUUUGCGGAGGGUGAAGGAGGAGUUUGGGAUUGAGAGCUAUGUGAGUUUGGGGGGAUUUAAGAAUGUGAGGAAUGUGUUUGAGUGGAAAGGGGUGGAGCUGGAGAUUGAUGAAGUUAGCUACGAAUUUGGGGAUAUGUAUGAGAUUGAGUGUGAGAGUGUGGAGCCUGAGAAAGUUAAGGGGAUGAUCACGGAGUUCUUGAAGGAAAAUGGAAUUGAAUACUCGGAUUCGGUUAAGUCUAAGUUUGCUAUUUUUCGUGCGGGAAAGCUACCGGCUUACCUAAUAAUGUCUCAUAUUUGAGAAUGUUGCACAACUUUCUUGAGGUAUCGGGUCUUGUGUCUGGGAUAGAGGCAAGCUGCUUCAGUCUUUCUAGUCGGCCAAUAUUGACAACUCUGUAGUUUGAUGUUUGUCUUUUUGCCAGUGUUUAGAUACUUGUGGAGACGAUCCAGUUUUCCUUCAUUACUUUACUUACCAUUAUUGAUGGUUAAUAAUUAAUAAAUCCAUCUUGACUUUAUAUAAAA